CUGCUAUUCCUAUCGCCCUGGCUGCGAAGUGAGGAGGUGGAAAACGGAGGGGCGAGUUGCAAAGCGCAGGACAAAAAUACCUGUUGCGUAUAUAACCACCGGCUAUUGUGUUUGUUGCCAUCGGAUUCUGACCGUCGCCCUCACUGCCGACACCUCUGCGCACGCGCCCAUAGCCCAAAAAAGACGCGAGUGACAAGAUCGCUGGAGUUUCGCCACACGCGCAGACUCCUCCGCUCGCGCAAAGGAUUGACACAUUCGACUACCGCUGAACACGGCAGCCGUCAACUGAGACCACACUAGGGACACACUCAGCACAAAUGGCCACCCCAGACGGCGUUAAGGUCUCGAACAAGUUUGCCGCCCCACUCGAUGGCUCGCAAUUCGACAUGGGUGUGACGCUAGGUACCGGCUCCUUCGGUCGUGUGCGCUUCGCUACCCAUAAAGCAACCAACACGUACUGGGCUAUCAAGAUCUUGAAAAAGGCAGAGAUCAUUCGGCUGCAACAGGUCGAGCACAUGCUCUCGGAAAAGUCCAUCUUGCUAUGUUUGGACCAUCCAUUCAUUGUCAACUUGGCAGGCACGUUUCAGGACACCAAGUACCUGUACAUGGUGCUCGAGUAUGUCAUCGGUGGCGAGUUCUUCACGCACCUUCGAAAGGCUGGGCGGUUCGACAACAACACGGCAAAGUUUUACGCAGCACAGGUGGUAUCCAUCUUCGAGUACAUGCAUAGUCAGGAUUUCAUCUACCGCGACUUGAAGCCCGAGAACUUGCUACUAGACAACGAGGGCUACAUCAAGAUCACUGACUUCGGGUUCGCCAAGCGAGUGGCGUUCAAGACGUACACGCUUUGUGGCACACCCGAGUACAUCGCGCCAGAGGUGCUACUUAACAAGGGGCACGGCAAGGGAGUGGACUGGUGGACACUGGGCAUUUUGCUGUACGAAAUGCUGGCAGGACAGCCACCAUUCUGCGACGACGACCCCAUGGGCAUUUACCAGCAAAUUCUUUCAGGAAAGCUCAACUUCCCGCGUUUCUUCGACCGAAACGCCAAGGGACUUAUCAAACGCAUGCUCACAGCCGACCUUACGAAACGGUACGGUUGUCUCAAGAACGGAGUGGAGGACAUCAAGAAACACAAGUUUUUCACCGGUAUCAAUUGGGAGGACCUGCUCGCGCGCAAGGGCGCCGCACCGAUUAUCCCACGUGUCGGCACGGCCAACGAUACGUCCAAUUUCGACCCAUACCCGGACUCCAUGGAGGAUGCGAUUGUCCCCGUUUACAACGGCAAAGAUCCCUUUGCCGAGUUUUAG